AUGGAAAGGGUUGGAUCGGAGCUAACGAUCAGGGAAAUGGCAACUGGACAUGGAGUGAUGGGAAAAAAUGGGAUUAUGAUCGUUUAUAUCUUACAAGUGGAUCAUUUCGGCCCCGUCGCCUAUAUGGAUGCUAGUGAGCAAGUGUGGUGGAAAGAGGCUCGCAACGUCACCUACUCGUUUCUUUGUGCUUCACCGGUGACCGGCUUGACAGAACUCACAUCGACACCAUCACCAAUCACCAUCAAUCCCACCAAUUAUCCAGAACCGCUCAACUGCUUGCCAUGCAUCAGCGAGUCGUUUACGGUCGAUCUACGAGUUCGCGAAGAAAUCGCUGAG